UUCACGCUCAAGUCCUACUUGAAGAGGGCUGAGAAGGGAGGCAAUGGAGGCUGUUUGAGAAAGAGACCGUUGUUGGUGUUGUUGUUGUUGUUGUUGUUGUUGUUGUGGCGGAGAAUGCGGAGAAGAAGCAAAUGCAGGGGAAGGAGCUGAGGACUAUGUAGGGCUUCCUGACUGAAGUCAUGGGUUCGGAGGCGAUGGAGGAUUGUGUGCAGGGGGCGCUGUCAUCGCUUUACCCUCCUUUUGAGAGCACAGCACCACCCCUCCUCUCCCAGGUCUUUUCAGUCCUGGAGUCGACCUAUCAACACGACAGUCUUCGCUACCUCCUGGACUACUUCGUUCCUGCCAAGCACCUCCUGCACAAACUCCAGCAGCACGCCUGCUCUCAGUACCUGGGCUGCUUGUUCCUUCACUCCGGCUGGCCUCUGUGUUUAGGAGAGAAAGUGGUGGUACAGCUCUCCACCCUGGACUGGAGGAUCCUGCGCGGCAAUGACUUCUACCUUCAGGUCGUGCCCUUCUCGACACGCUGCCCCCGGCUGGCCUUGAAAUGUCUGGCCCCUGGGGGGCGCACCGUUCAGGAAAUCCUGGUACCCGAGUCACAGCACCCCCUUGUGUUCACCACCGAGUGGCUGCACAGCGUGAACAAGGAACGAGGCCACAAGAGAGAACUUGGAGGAGGACUUGACACCUGCCUGGUCAGCACAUGCGACGGUGUGGUUCGACUUCCGUGGAAGGAGGUCGUCUACCCAAAAUUCAUCCACGACCCUUCUGAGGAGCUGGGCCUGAUGUCCAACCACGCGGGCAGCACAUCCAACCGCCUGCCCAGUGAGGGGGGCAGCAGCCUCGGGGGCUGGGGUGGCUCCUCCUCCGGAGAACUGGACUCCUGGUCCUGGGACGAGGAGGAAGACUUGGACUCUGAGCCUGCGCUUCCCCGGCGAAGGCGCAGCGAAGAUGGGCUCGGGCGGACGACGAGGCACCCUCAGCUGGACGGGGACUACGUGGAGCUGUUGGAGCCCAGAGUGGGCCCUGACGGAGGGGUUGACACAAAGCAGAGGUACCUGGAGAUGCAUGGAAUUUGUAAGACCAAGACUUUGCCCCUCUGCAGAAGAGGUAAAGCCAUCAAACUCCGGAAGGGGAGGGCUUGGGGAUACGGGAGAGUGGAAGGGUCAGGAAGUUUUCGAGCUGUCCUCGGUGCCAAAAGAGACGUAGUUACCCCAAAGGGUGACGUUUUACCACAUAGGCCUCCACCAGCAGUCCCUGAACCUGGCAAAGGGAGGCGGUCUUACUCCUCUUCUGUCCACGACUCUGACGAAGGAGAUAAAACCAGCAGAGACUCUGAGGGCCUGGAAAGCCACCGGCCUUAUUUUGACAGCCUGUUCAAAGAGAGGAGGCCCGGUGUGGGCAAGGAGAGAGAUUGCAACGGCCUCACGCAGCCUUGCAGAGACAACCACCGGGGUAAAGACUCAGAGAGCGCCGAUGGUUCUGCCCACGACUCGACGAACCACAAAGUCAUAGAGGGCCACUCGGAUCACGGAUCUCAUUCAGACUCUAUCUUCGAGGAUGCAGAUAAACCACAGAGCGGAGACAGUGAUGCCACCACCCCAACGUCAGACACACCAGAGAGACCCUUCAAUGGAGUUUUAGAAAGUGGAGAAAAUACCAACGUUGGAUCUAAAAUGAAGAAUUCGUCGGACCCAAAGGUGAACGAGGAAAGGGAUGAUGGAAAGACUGAGGAUAGAGUUUGUCCAAGCGGAAAGGAGGUUAAAACGGCAGGAUUCAGAGCGCCAAGGAGGAAAAGGAAGGGAAAGGGGGCCAAAGGGAGGGCUAGGUCUGGUGGUCGUGCACACCCGAAGGGAUCAAAGCUGCAAGGUAAAGCUGCUCAACCAAGUCCCACCCCCUGCUCUGCUUUGACAAAGCCGUCAAUCACAGAAGGGAACCAAUCGGAGCAAAGAAAGCAGGCAGACGAGCCUGACGGAAUGCCACCUUCAGCUCGUGAAGGUACAGAGGACUCGAGGAAAAGCAGUGCAGACAAAGAAGCCGAAUCUUUGCCUGUCUGCAACGGCCAAUCAGGCACAUCCUUACUUAACCACUCUAAUGAGGAGGCGGGGUCAGGAGAGACAUAUCCAGACCAACUAAAUGGCGGUCCAUCUAAAGAGCCUCCUCUGCUGAGGGAACUGGUACCAGAGCUUCUCCUGUCCGGGAAGCUAAAGUUGACAGGUACAGUGGACAGGCUGGGACGCGCCCUGGUGGUCACAGAGACGGAUGCAUCCGAGGAGAGCUUCUCUGGGAAGGAGAUGGCCCGGGUCCUGGCCUGCUACCACAGAAUCACUCGGCCUGCAGCCAAAGAAAAGGGUCUCACGGUGUUGAUGGACAGCAGGCGCUCCCCGCCCUCCGCCCUCUGCCUCUCCGCUCUCAGGGCGUUCCAGGUUUCGGUUGCGGGCGGUCUCGGAUCGGUUCUGGUUUUGGUGGGAGAGCAGCAGGAGUCCCUUUCUCAUGACGUGGAAGGAGCAGAGGUCCACGUGGUGCGAGGAACGGCGGUCCUUCAGCAACACGUUGACAAGCAGCAGCUUCCCAAAGAGAUGGACGGAGACUUCUCCCACUGUCACUCAGACUGGCUGGCCUUCAGACUCAGCCUGGAGAGUCUGACGGGUCACUGUGAGAGCGCCAUCGCCCUCCUGGGAGAAGCGCUGCGGUCCAUGGACACCGAGCCGAUGCCCGACGACAUCAAGGCUGUCCCCCUGAGCAUCGACAAACACAGACGGCUCAUGGCGAGCGUCUUGGCCGACCCGCGCCUGACGGAACCGCAGCAAAGGGGCGGGGCUUGGCUGGCGGGCUUGGCCAAUAGCGCGACUGGGCUGGCGCAGAAGUCGCCGGACUGCAGGGCCGCUCUUGCCGUGACCUCCAAACUCUACGACAGCGUGGACGACGCCCUCCACCGGCUCGUCCGCGUGUCCAACCAGAGGGGUCGCGACCUGGAGGCUCUGGGACGGCUGGCGGCGCUGGUGGACAAACUGGAAAAGUGUGAUAAGGAGAUUGAGCAAGUCCAGUCCCAGCUGGAGGACUACAAGGACCCGCCUCUGUCUCUCAGCAGACUGUCACUCAAACAGCAGAAAUUCAAGACAUUCAGAGAAACGGCCAAUGACCUGCACAGCGAGACUCUGUCAGCGCUCAGCGAUUUGGAGGGCUGGUGCGAGCUGGACUGGGGGGGCCUGAGCCGGGUCCAGAUCCGACUCCCCCCGGUCCGGGAGAAGCUGAGAGACAUGUCCCACUGCCUGUCUGACUGCUGGACCACGCUGGACAACACCCAGCGGCUGCUGUCCACGCUGACCGAGGCCACCCAGUGGUGCGAGGUGGUCUCCUCCUCCUCCUCCUCCUCCUCCUCCUCCUCCUCCUCUUCCUCCUCCUCCACCCCCUGCCCCCUCGCCUCCCUCCCCCCCAUCCCUCCGUCCCGUUUCCAGGACGCCCGCUCCUUGGCCAUGGAGCUCGGCGGCGGGCCGCUCCUGGACCUCUGGACCCAGACGGUGGAGCGCUACCAGCGGACCGUGGCGCAGGUCAAGCCCCGGUUCCUCCAGACGGACCGGGCCCAGAACCCGGGCCAGGGGAGGCCCAAGACGCCGUCCGCCAGCAGCCUGUGGGACCUGAUGGGUCCCGAGGGGGAGGGCGACUGGGGGUUGGGCGCCGGGGGAGGAGGUGGCGACGGGGGGCUGCAGUCCUGGGGAUCCCUGGCAUCGCUGUUCAGGCCGCAGACCUGCUCCACACUGAAGAUAGGAGAGGAGAAGGGGAGUAAGAAGGAGGGAGGAGGAGGAGGAGGAGUGGGCGGCGCCGGAGGAGGGAAGUUCCUGCAGAACCUUCUGAAUCCUGCGAAGAAGAGCCCCACAGAGGCCCCGCCCCCUUCGAAGCCGCCCAGGAGGCGCCACCCGAGCUUCGACCUCCAGGCUCUUCUGGCUCCCCGCCGAGGCACGGCCUCCCCCAAAGCCGCCGAGUCCCCCGCGGGGGCCGCGAGCCGCAACUCCCCCAUGUCCUGGCUGGGGAGGCGGGCGGCCGCUGACCCGGUGAUCGCCACCAGUAUGGCCGCAGCCAUCCCUGGAUGGGGCGCGGCAGGAGGAGGUGGAGGUGGAGGAGGUGGAGGAGGAGGAGGAGGUGGAGGAGGAGGUGGGGGGGUUUUAAUCCGAGGGGUGGAAGUCAGCAGCAAGGAGGUGGCGGACCACACGGGGUCGCCGCGGCAACACGUGCUGCUGGGGAGGACGGAGAGGGAGACGGGGACAGACAGGGCCGGAUCCACUGCACAAAGUAAGCUGUACCUGCUCUGGUGCAGGAUGCUGAGUUCGGAGAGGCAGUACGUGGCCAUCCUGCAGGGGGUGGAGGAGACGUACCUCCCGUUGCUGGAGCUCUCGGACGCCCCGGCCUCCGUCAGGGGGAAGGCCGACGCCCUCUUCCCCAGCUGGGCCGGCCUCUCCGCCUUCCACGCGCAGAGCCUGCUGCCGGCCAUGGAGGGCGCUCUGGUGCAGAGCUUGUUGCAACAGGACUGCUUCAGCAAAUAUCGGGAGCACUUCCUGCUGUACUCCCACCACAUCCGGAUCAAACCGGAACUGGACUCUGCGCUGGUCGCUCAGGCCGCCGACUUCUUCAAGUCCAAGCUGCCCCCGGCCUCCCCCCUCUCCCCCCUGUCCUUCCCUCACUGUCUCCAGGCUCCGGCUCAGAGACUGGAUCAGUACUGCGAGGCCCUGGAGGAGCUGGGGGGGAUAAACCCCGCCUCCGACUCCGCCCUCUCCAUCCUGAGACACGCUCAGCGGCACGGCGAGGACCUCCGGGCCAGCGACCUCAUCGUGGGGUGUCCGAUCCCGGUGGCGGAGCGCGGCGAGCUGGUGCGGCACGGCGAGCUGACGGUGUGCGGGGGGGCUCGGAGGAAGCGGGCGGGCGUGAGGAACGUCUUCCUCUACCAGCACGCCGUCGUGUUCGCCAAGCAGAAGAGCCCCGGCCCGGGACGCACGGCGUACAGCUACAAGCACAGCAUCAAGACCGGCGAGAUGGGCCUGACUCAGAGCGUGGGGAGGGAGGGGGUGAGGUUCGAGGUCUGGGUCCGGCAGGCUCCCCGGACCAGAGACUGCGUCACGCUGCAGGCGAAGGACCGGGAGGACAAGGCGGCCUGGACCCGCGACAUCGCCCACCUGCUGUGGACGCACGCCAUCAACAACACGGAGCUGUGUCUGAAGGAGUCCCUCUGCAUGGGCCUGUCCAGCAAGCUGCUGCUGCUGGACGCCACAGGAGCUCAAGGCUCAGAGCUGGACUCCAUCUACAGUCUCAACGACAGAGUCCACAGUAGCUGCUCAGACUCCUCCUCCGUGGGCAGCCAGAAGGAGGGGGGAUCCCCGGCGUCUGGGAGGGACCCCAGGAGGAGCUCCGGAUCAACAAGUUACUCCCAGAGUCAGUCUCCCUCCACGGCCGUAUAACUGUCACCUCCAUGAGAAAACUGGACUCUGUUUGUUUUUUGGGGGGGGGGUUGUUGAAGACAUCUCCCUUCCACCGCUGGGCCCAACUGGACUUCAAGGAGCAAGAAGAACCUCGCCCUCCUUCACCUCCGCCACCCUUUUCACCCUUUUUUCACCAAAAUAAAAUGCCAGCAGAUGCUGCUUUUCAUGCAUUUUGAAACCUCCCGGCUCUGAUAUGAACCCCACGGGAGAAAAGCUGCCC